GCGCUGAAAGAGAAGAUUGAAUCAGAAAGGGGGAAAGAUGCCUUUCCAGUAGCUGGCCAAAAGCUAAUUUAUGCAGGUAAAAUCCUUAACGAUGAUACUGCUCUUAAAGAAUACAAAAUCGAUGAGAAAAACUUUGUGGUGGUUAUGGUGACAAAACCCAAAGCAGCCGCUGGAGCAGCUCAGCAGUCAAAUGCUGUUACUGCUAUUAGCUCCACAACUGCAGUUCCCACACCAGUCACUGCACCGGUCCCUGCUCCUGCCCCUGUGCAAGCUCCUGUCCCUCCACCACCAGCACCAGAUGCUUGUGAAUCUGCACCUGUGAGUGCUCCUAAAGAAGAGAAACCAGCAGAAAAACCACCUGAGACACCAGCUGCUGUCAGCCCAUCAUCAACUGACAGUACAACAGGUGAUACAUCUCGAUCAAAUCUUUUUGAGGAUGCUAUAAGUGCACUUGUGACAGGUCAGUCUUAUGAGAAUAUGGUGACUGAGAUCAUGUCAAUGGGCUAUGAACGAGAACAAGUGAUUGCGGCGCUGAGAGCCAGCUUCAACAAUCCAGACAGAGCAGUGGAAUACCUUUUAAUGGGUAUACCUGGAGAUAAUCAGGCUGUGGCUGAACCCCCUCAAGCAGCAAGCACUGGUGCCUCUCAGUCUUCAGCAGUGGCAUCAGCAGUAGCAACUAUACCUACAACUACUAGUUCGUUAGGAGGACAUCCACUUGAGUUUUUGCGAAAUCAGCCUCAGUUCCAGCAGAUGAGACAAAUUAUUCAGCAAAAUCCUUCUCUGUUACCGGCAUUGCUACAGCAGAUUGGACGGGAAAACCCUCAACUACUGCAGCAAAUAAGCCAGCACCAGGAACAUUUUAUUCAUAUGCUGAAUGAGCCAGUUCUAGAGUCCCGCCAAGGUUUAAGUGGCAGUGAUGAUGGUGCCAGCACUGGAGGAGUAGCAGAAGCUGGAAAUGGUCAUAUGAACUACAUUCAAGUAACACCUCAGGAAAAAGAAGCUAUAGAAAGGUUAAAGGCAUUAGGAUUUCCUGAAGGACUUGUGAUACAGGCAUAUUUUGCUUGUGAGAAGAAUGAAAACUUGGCUGCCAAUUUUCUUCUACAACAGAACUUUGAUGAAGAUUGAGAGACUUUUUUUUAAUCUCAUGCCUCACACCAGUGCAUUACACUAACUUUCUUCACUGGAUAGUCUGGGAUAUUUGGGCUUAUAUUCAUAAUGCUUGGUGUAUGGUAUAU